UGUAACUUAUUAAUGUUCAAACAAAAUCACCGUUCCUUCCUUGUAUUUUCUAGUCUGAGUGACAGUUAACUUGAGACUCAUAUUCUACAACCCUCAAAAUACACUGACUGCUGUGGCAGUUUCCAAAUCAGGCUAAUUGAGAUAGUUAGCUUGCCGAUACUUCGCUUAUAACAUACUAGCGAGCUUCUCUGAAAAAAAAAAAAAAACUCGAACUGAAUAUAGUUCUUUUCAGAGAAGAGACUUGUCUCUUUUGAGCAAAGCUAAACCACAUUCCUUUCAUUUUGACACUCCUGCGGGAUAAUGUUUACCAUUGCGACAUGACAGCUGUUUGCCUGUAGUGUAUCAAUGAAGUAAUUUAGCUUGUCCAUAGGAUACAUCUUGAUAUGGGCAGUACUGUUUUGAGAUGCUCCUCUAUUCUACGGCUAGAUUCUCUGUUGGGAUAGUCUGCCAGAAGUGUAGCUAGCUAACAGGAACCUGAUUUCAAUUGAUGCAGCACUUCCCUGAACCUAGGAAGGACAUGUUUUGUUUGUGGUUUGCAACUGGUAAACACUGCACGGUAGCAACAAUUAAAGAUAACUCAAUAAUGCGUUUGCUACACAGAAGAGACUAUGUAGCUUGUUCCGCUCCAAAGCGUUUGUCUGUUCAUGACCCGCAUGAUUCUCAUUCCGCGCAUCAAGGAAGCUAAACAGCACAAGUUGUCGCUUUUGUUCGUUACUUUUUUGUUACAAAGAUCAAAAUCUGUGGUUCAAUGCUGUUAGCAGUACAGGACUAGGCACGACAUAAUGGGGCAAACAAGAAAUAUUCAUCAAAUUGAUUAAUCGUUACGUGUGAGUUGAACCGCUGUUGAGCCAGCCUGCCCGUCAGGACAAGCAGGCUUUGCCUUUGCCCCAUCAUCAUGGCUCCCUACUCAUCCUCGCGCGCUCGCUGCAGCUGCUGUCCGAGGUCAUUGCGUUGUUCCCGCUCCUCGGUCUGUACCCUGGGCCUCGGCUUGGGGUUUGUCGCACUGGGGACCAGUCGCAUCAUGCUGCUAAAGUUUUCGGCUAAUGCAGAGAACAACUAUGACUUCCUUCCUGCCUCUGUAAAUCUGUUGGCAGAGGCCAUCAAGCUUCUCUUUUGCCUGGUCAUGUCUAUUAGGGUAUUGAUUCGAGAGGGCAGAUCGUACAAAGAUCUGUGCUGCUCCUCGGGCUCCUCUUUCCUCAGCUACAUGAAGUGGUCUGUUCCAGCCUUCCUCUAUUUCCUUGACAACCUUAUCAUCUUCUACGUGAUGACCUACCUCCAGCCGGCCAUGGCAGUGUUGUUUUCCAAUGUUGUCAUCCUGACUACAGCUGUACUGUUUAGAGUUGUGCUGAAGAGGCGCUUAUCCUGGGUGCAGUGGGCCGCCCUGGUCAUCCUCUUCCUGUCCAUCGUGUCCCUGACCAUGAGCACGGGGGACAGCCAGCGUGUGAUUGCCGUGCCCGGCCUGCACGUGUCUCCCAUCUCCACCCCCUCUAACAGCUGCCUGGUUUUCACCCAGCUACGACUGGAGCAGCGCAACCACACCCUUGGGGCCGCCGCCGACUGGGCCGGCGGGGUGCCGGAACCAGCCUGGAGCGAGCCCAUCGUCAGUAAGUUGCGGCACUUCGGCUUGGGCUACGUGUUCCUGCUGGUGCAGUGCUUCGUGUCGUCCAUGGCCAACAUCUACAACGAGAAAAUCCUGAAAGAAGGCGAGCAGCUCACCGAGAGCAUCUUCAUCCAGAACAGCAAGCUGUACGUGUUCGGCCUGCUGUUCAACGCGCUGGCGCUCGGCCUGCGGCCCGCGGACCGCGCCCUCAUCCUGCACUGCGGCCUCCUCUACGGACACAACGCCUUCUCGGCGGCGCUGGUGGUUGUCACGGCGGCACUGGGCCUGUCCGUGGCGUUCAUCCUCAAGUUCCGCGACAACAUGUUCCACGUGCUGACGGGUCAGAUCACCACGGUGCUGGUCACCGCGCUCUCGCUGUUCCUCUUUGACUUCCGGCCGACAGCCGACUUCUUCCUGCAGGCGCCCGUGGUGCUGUUGGCCAUAUUCAUCUACCACGGCAGCCGCAAGGCCGACCCGGAGUACGCGCUGCAGCUGGAGAGGCUCCGCGUGCUCAACGGGGAAGUGCUGGAGAGGUCGCGAGGGGAUGGCGAGGAGCUUGAGAGGCUGACGAAGCCCAACACAGACAGUGACACAGAGGAAGAGGAAGAGUCUCUCUAACAGAAGGGAAGCAGCAGCUCUCCGCCUUCGAGAGUCUCACUCUGUAAUUAUUGUGUAAAUUAUUCAGAAAUGUGCCUGUACAUAAUGCUCAAUGCACAAAAUUAUAAGGACAGAAAGUAAUUAUGAUGUGUGUGUCCGAAAUGGGGUGUGUGUGUGUGUGUUUAUUUGUGUAUGUAUGUGUGUGUGUGUGUGUGUCUGUAUGUGUGUGUGUCUGUAUGUGUGUGAGUGUGUGUGUGUGUGUUUGUGCAUGCGUGUGCGUGCGUGCGCAUAAUAGGGGGCAACACUGCUUUUUCAUGUGGCAGUGGAUAACAGGUGAGUGGGUGUGCGAGUACAAUAGACUUAAUUGAAUUUGAUGUGAUUGAGGCGAGGUAACAAUGAAAUCCACUGACCCCCUAACGACCCCAUGAAAUGGUACAAAGGGAAGUAAUCAUUAAUGUUUUAAAACUGCACAAUGGUUGUGUGAAACAUGCUAUGAUUAUGCUUAAUUAUUUAAAUGUAAUACGAUGUGACAGGAACAAGGUUUCAGUUGAUUUAACAGUUUGGGAACAAAUUGCCUUCACACCAUUGCAUAUUAGCGCUCCGCAGUGUGUGUUUGCCAUGUGGGUUUGUGUGUGUUUUUUUAAGAGCUAUUACAUUUCCAGUCCUCAUGUUUGCGACUCUCCAAUUCAGUGCCUGACAAAGGUUCUGUUUAUCUUAAUGGAACUAGACAUGUACUUGGUCGACAGCAUCAUGUAUCUCUCGCUGUAUUCGUUUUCACAGUUUCUUAUUUUUGGUACCAUACAAACAGCACAAAAUAGACUGAUGUACAGGCUAACUGUUGGUAUUGCUGGUAUUGCAUUCUGUGAUAUGUCUGGACAUAUUGAAACAAUAGUGCAGUUUCAAUGACUGAAAGGCACAAUAAAGGAAUAUUAAAAAAAGAAAAA